CGCGCAGACAUGCUGGCGGGGCAGCGGGCUCUGCUGGGGCUGCUGGCGGCGGCUGCCCUGCUCCCCUGCGUUAGCAGCGCCCCGGCGGCCCGCGCGGACGAGGAAUUUCACUUUAAGUCAUGGAUGCUGCAGUACAACAGGAAGUACAGUCUGGAGGAGUAUUACCAAAGGCUGCAGAUCUUUGUUGCCAAUAAGAGACGAAUCGACAGACACAAUGCUGGGAAUCAUACAUUUGAAAUGGGUCUAAACCAAUUUUCAGACAUGACAUUCACAGAAUUUAGAAAAAAAUAUCUUUGGAGUGAACCUCAGAACUGCUCGGCCACAAAAGGGAAUUUCCUAGCCAGCUCUGGGCCGUGUCCUUCCACUGUCGACUGGAGGAAAAAAGGAAACUAUGUGACCCCCGUGAAGAACCAGGGCGCGUGUGGCAGCUGCUGGACCUUUUCCACCACUGGGUGUUUAGAGUCUGCAAUUGCCAUAGCAACAGGAAAGCUACUGUCACUGGCAGAGCAGCAGUUGGUUGACUGUGCUCAGGACUUCAAUAACCAUGGAUGCAGUGGGGGCCUGCCAAGCCAAGCUUUUGAGUACAUCCUGUAUAACAAAGGGCUCCAAGGAGAGGAUACGUAUCCUUACCGGGCUCAGAACGGCACCUGCAAAUUUCAGCCAGAAAAGGCUAUCGCUUUUGUCAAAGAUGUUGUCAAUAUCACCCUGUACGAUGAGCCGGGCAUGGUGGAAGCGGUGGGGAAGCAUAAUCCCGUUAGCUUCGCUUUUGAGGUGACUGAUGACUUCAUGAGAUACAGUAAAGGCAUUUACUCCAACCCUACAUGUGAUAAGACUCCAGACAAAGUGAACCAUGCAGUUCUGGCUGUGGGUUAUGGAGAAGAAAAUGGAACUCCCUAUUGGAUCGUUAAAAACUCUUGGGGCCCAUUGUGGGGCAUGGACGGCUACUUCUAUAUUGAACGCGGCAAGAAUAUGUGUGGUCUCGCUGCAUGUGCAUCGUAUCCAAUUCCUCAGGUCUAAGGCAGGGUCAAUGGCUGGGAAGAGUGGCCAAGGAAAGGAACCAGGCUAUUGUGUAGGAGUCUCCUAAACCCCAAAGUUCAGUAUGUUGGAAAAAUGAGAGAUGGCAAAGGCCCACUAAGGUCCUGAUCCUGCAAUGAGCUCCAUGCAGGCAGACUCCUGCAUUUGUGCAGUGCUCAUUGAAUGAGACAGACCUAAGUCACCUCCUCCAAAUACAUGUAUGUUUCUCUAUAGCAGCGGUUCUCAAACUAGGGUCCUUCCAGGGGGUCCGCGAGUCAUGUCCGGGGCCGCGGGUCCUGCUGAUCAACCCCUCCCCUUCCCUCCCAGUGCCUCUUGCAUGCUGCAGAACCGGCACACUCGGGGAGGGAGCAGAAAGAGGAGGGGCAGAGGUGGGGCAGGUGUGGGGCCUUGGGGGAAAGGGUGGAGUGGGGACUGAGGCUGAGUGGGGGUUGAGCACCUCCAGAAAAAUUAGAAGCCAACUUGGGGGUCCGUGAAAAAUUUUAAAUCAAAAUGAGGGUCAUUGUGUUUCUAAAGUUUGAGAACCGCUGCUCUGUAGUAAAUUCUCCAGCAUUGUGGCAUGUUCCAUGGACAGGGCUGAGAGCCAGAAACUCGUGUCUUCUAAUCCCAGCUCAGAUCGAUUUACCAUGUGCUCUAGGGAAAGUCUCUGAGCCUCGUUGCCUCAGUUUCCCCUUUUGUAAAAUGGGGGUAAUACUACCUAACCUACCUCUCGGGGUGUGGUGAUGGUUGAUUAGAUAAUGUUUGUAAAGCACUUGGAUGCUGAAACCACUGUGCAGUUGUUGUAUGAUUAUUAAGUAGCAUUUGUCAGCCCAGUUUGAAAUAACUCCAGCAAUGAGUCUUCCCCUUCCCUGGGGAGACUGUCCUGCAUGUCAGCAGAUCUCCCUUACGGGAAAUGUGUAUUCUUCUGACAAAUGAUCUGUUUUUUAAUAAGUGCUAAGAAAUGUGUAAGAAAGCUGUGUCUAUUUUCAUUAAAUCUAAGAUUUGAUUAUUUUUACUAAAAUAAAGAAUAUUUUAAUGAAUAUUAAAAAGAAUCAAUGAUUUUCUAUUCAGUUAAGGAAAAAGCAGAAACCUUAAUGUCAGGCAUUUCAAUAUAUUCUGUUUUAAGAGGAGUCGUCAUGUAUGCAGAAGGCAUUUCAGCUGUGUGUCAUUUCCUGUUGCAGUAACACCACCAAGACAUUACUGUGUGUUAUGGAAACGAAUAAAAACAACUUGUCAUUUUUGUGGUA